AUGGGUCGCGGACCAAAGAAGCAUCAGAUGAGAUUGUCGGCUCCAUCGCAUUGGAUGCUCGACAAACUCCAGGGUGCCUAUGCUCCUAAAGCCUCCCCCGGUCCUCACAAGACUCGCGACUGCCUGCCUCUGAUUGUCUUCCUCCGAAACCGACUGAAGUAUGCUAUCACUGGCAAGGAGGUCACCAUGAUCAUGAUGCAGCGCCUCAUCAAGGUCGAUGGCAAGGUCCGCACCGAUACCACCUACCCCACCGGCUUCAUGGAUGUCAUCUCCAUCGACAAGACCGGCGAGCACUUCCGUCUCGUCUACGAUGUUAAGGGCCGCUUCGCCAUCCACCGCAUCGAACAGGCCGAGGCCGAGUACAAGCUGGGCAAGGUCAAGAGAGUGCAGGUUGGCCGCGGAGGCAUCCCAUUCUUGGUUACGCACGAUGCUCGCACUAUCCGAUACCCCGAUCCCGCGAUCAAGGUCAACGACACCGUUAAGAUCGACCUCGCCACCGGAAAGGUCACCGAGUUCAUCCGCUUCGACACUGGUGUGAUCGCCAUGGUCACUGGUGGUCGUAACAUGGGUCGUGUUGGCGUCAUCACCCACCGUGAGAGACACGACGGUGGCUUCAACAUUGUCCACAUCAAGGACGCUAUUGACAACUCUUUCGCUACCCGGGAGAGCAACGUCUUCAUCAUCGGCAAGGAGAAGCCUUGGAUCUCUCUGCCCAAGGGCAAGGGUGUCAAGCUCUCUAUCGCUGAGGAGAGAGACCGCCGCCGGGCCGUCCAGAUGGCCCAGCCUCGCAUGUAA